CUAGCCAAAUAUUGAAGGAAGGAAGGAAUCCCAGCACAGGUUAGGUACAUGUCACAUCUGGUACUUUUAUAUAUAUUUAUAUAUAUUUUAUAUAUAUUUUAUAUACAUAUAUCAUCAUUUGAUCGCCGCACCUGCGCACUACGGUCAAAAUACACUCCUCGAACAUCGUCCAUCCUUCCAUUCUGGGACAGGCUUCUCUUAUAGGCAGCAUAGAGUGAUUAGCAAUAUAGUAGUAUUACAUAUUUGUACGAAUCGAAAUAAAGGUUAUGUUAGACAAAACAAAGUCAUUUUUUCGUAAUUUCCGAUACAUUUUAGUGAAUUUUAUGUGUGUAAUGUUAUGAGAAGAAAAAUAUUCCGUGAUGUGACAUUAUGAAUCAGCUGAUAGUUUCUUUUUUCAAUAAAUAAUUAGGAACGUCCAAACGACGUUCCAAAUGUCACUCAACGAUCGACUGAUAGCAAUUGAUAUACGGAGAAAGUGCAACCACAGGCAUCAUGUUUUACUUAUGCAUUUAUGUAUAUUGCACCGCAAGAGACUGAUAACAAACAAGAAAAUGGAAGAAAACAAAGGAUAACGUAGGAUGUAAAAUGCAUAUCGAAUUCACCGUCAUUUGGAAAGAAAUGAGAAAUCCCGACUAAUAAUAGCUUAGUCAAUAAUUCGCCGUGAGUGAAUGAAGCAGCAAAAUAUCGGUUGUCCCUAUUUAGAUACUCUAAUUUCAUCCGAAACCAGAUUAUGUUAAUUCUGUAUGAUGCGGUCUCGUGCAGAAAUAAAAUGAAUAUAAUAAUUAUCGUAAGAUCUUUGUCCAAUCAUCAUUAUGAGAGUUUAUUAAUACACAUUUAGUAAGCAGGCCAAGUUAUUUUGAACAUGUGCCUGUUAACUUCAGAAAUGCAGACCAAUCUUACUGACUGUCACUCUUGACUUGUGAGAUACUCUAAUCAAUUUCAUUUAAAAAUGGACCCAGAUUUCAUAGAAAUGGCAAACGAAAUCAAGAGUAAGAUCAUAUUGCACUGGAACUGUCGAGGCCUCGUGGAGCUACCAGAGGUGAUAAGGCUUCAUGGAUCUCACAUAAAGGAAAUAUAUCUCAAGUGGAACAAACUUACCACUUUACCACCCUGGAUCAUGGAGUUGUUCAAUGUAACCAAUUUAUAUAUGUAUGGUAAUCUAAUUAAACAGCUGCCUGCUGAACUCGGUAGGAUGAAGCAGUUAACAGUGUUGGAUUUAAGUGCCAAUAAAUUGGAGCAGAUACCUUGCUGCAUUGGUAAUUUGAGAAAUUUGAAGUGCUUAUUUUUGAAUGACAAUUUCAUUGAGAAAUUACCAGUUGAAUUGAGUCAACUAAGUAAUCUGCAAAUACUGUCUGUCUCUGGCAACCAGAUUGUUGCACUACCAGAAUGGACUGGCUCUCUGCCAAAACUUAAAGAACUAUAUGCAGAUAAUAAUCGACUGAAAGAACUGCCAAAUAGAUUGACACUAGCUCCUGAACUUACCAUGAUCUCUGUGUGUUCUAAUAGAUUAACAUAUUUACCGUUGAAUGGAUUCUUGUCAUCUCCUUUCAUUGGAUUUGAUGCAAAUGAGUACUUGAAUUAUGUGUCUUAUCCACUCCUAUUUCAAUUUCUGUCGCAACUUCGAACGACAGCUCUUGACAACAGAAGCUGUUUAGCAUUUGGAUGUUUCAAAACGCACUACGAUACUAAUGUGUUAAGCACAAAUAUAAAGCUGUACAUUGAAAUGAAAGGACUGUACGAAAAUGACACUGAUGUUAUAAUCGAAUUACCACGGCAGCUUUUGAAAAUUCACGAGUUUCACAAGAAUGUGACUUGUUCCCUGUGGGAAUUAGCACUGAGAAAAAUUUAUACUGAGAGGUAUAAGCAUACGCUCGAUGUUUUCACAUCUCCCUUGAGUGUAACGAUACUCUAUAGUCCGCUCCCUAAGGAUACUAAGCUAGACUUCAUGUUGUCUACUAUGAACUGUACUUUGUACAAUUUAUUAACGAACGGACCCGUCAGCGUCUGCGUAAAUUCACACUGUCAGCAACCUAUAUUCACAGAAGCAUGGAUCAUUAUCGGUAUUAGCCAUCACGUGAAGUCCAUGAUAACGAUAGCUCUAUGUUGCAGUAAAAGCUGUGCCUCUGCAUUCGCUACGCAUUCGAGCACGUUUAACAAACUUCAUUGGUAUCCUAUCAAUUGAUGAACUCUCUUUGUUAAAUGCUUAAUUAAAAUAUUUCUGUGUAUAUAAGAGAUAAUAGGAAAAUAAAAGAUCGUUGUGUACGUCAUUAAAACCUUCUCAGCUUCAUAAA